AUGUUCGCCGCCUCGUUCGAUCAUUCGUUCAACGACUUAUUUAACCAAUAUGUCAAUCUGGACCCCUCUGCCGGUGGUGACGGUAACAAAGACGUCGCAUUUACAGGGGACCUAGACCAGCUCUUCCCGGUGGGCUCGCUGUCAAGUGACUGUGGCGAUCUCUCGCCGGGUGGUUCCCGACAAUUCCUACAAUCACCGUCACAGACUUGGCGCAAAGACGCAUGGUACCUACAGCAAGACUCCGUCACUACUACUGAUUCGCCGUCAAAUCGAGCUAAGACUUUUCCUGACUCGAGCCAACCCUCCGAGGCCUCUCAUCUUGGUGGUGUACGCCUUGAAGAAUCAUCCAACACCGACCCUCUGGGCCUACUUUCAGCUUCACCAUCCACUCCCCCCGCAACUCCUAGUCGCAAACUACACUUUAAAAGCGCUCCAAUAACCCCCAAGAUCAUUCGCAGACGCGAGACGAGUGACUCUCGCUCCGUGCUUCGCAAGAAAAGUUCUUCCCCUAGUCAGGUCCGCUCAGCGCAUGUACAGAAAACCAAGAUGGCAUAUCCUGAGACCUGGAAUCCUCGACCACAGCGCUUCAACAAUCACUUUCGAGUGCCCGAAGACCGUCUCCCCCUGUCUCCCCCUCCCUCUGACAUUCUCGUUCAGAAUGAACAUAUGCGCCGAGACAGCGGCGUCCAUGUCAACUCGAGUUCAGAGAACCUACUGACAACGGCAGCUGAAUUGGCCUCUCAGUACGGAGCAGACAUGUAUAGUACCAAGCAUCAGCAGCAGCAGCAGCAGCAGCAUGGUUAUUUAAACCACAACAACACGACACCCCCCUCAGCAGAUGACAUCUUUCAAUCUCCACCCUCUUCAGAACCACAACAAAUGCACGCGUGGCAUGCAGACGCCCUUGCGUCAGGUCUUCAAUUUACGCCUGACAUGAAUGGCAAUGACGGCCAAUGGUGGUCCUCGCCCAUGCCAGCGCGUGUCUCUCAGCCUCAAAACCAGCAUGCCUAUCUGGUUUCACCACUACAACACAAGGCCCCUGCUCACCAUGCUGUACCACAGCAGAAUCAGCAUGACCUUCUCCAGGGCGGUCUCAUGAUUGACUUUAACCAGUCAUUCGACCUCUCAUCUGGCUCUGACGCGUUUUCAUCCGCAUCAGUUAUGCAUUCCACAAGCGCCCCGCACAUUCCAUCCGCCUCUAGUUUCUCACACAACCCCUACAUGGCCGCUACACAACAACAUCUGGGACACCAAUCUCGCUCUCCAUCCAUGUCUCCCACCAAUGGAUCCUCUCCCAAGUCCCGCGUGGUGAUGAAGAACAAGCAUAACCGCACACAUAGCCGAAAGCUGUCUUCGAACUCUAUGUCAGCUCCCAAGCCGGCCACUAACAAAAUGGGCACAUCGCCCAAGCACACUAUUUCAAAAUCGGCACCCAAUGUGUCUUUUGUGAAUUUCACGGCACAUGACAGCAAGAAGAUCCUCACUGGUGUUGCACCGAGUGGCAGUUCCAAAACCAAGGCUCGCCGCGAACAAGAAGCUCGCGAUAGGCGCCGAAAGCUCAGCGAGGCUGCCUUGAUGGCCGUUCGGAAUGCUGGUGGCGAUGUGGAGGCCUUGGAGGCAGUAUUGUGUUGA